AUGGAAAACUCAUAAAAGUCAUUUAAGGAACUUAACCUUGACAAUUGGCUCAUAAAGAAUCUAGAACUGGUUGGAAUAAAGAAUCCAACUGAGAUUUAGUUGAAAUCUUUGCCACAUACUCUCAAAGGCAAGAAUAUCAUUGGUUGUGCCCAAACUGGUAGUGGUAAGACAGCCUGUUUCGCACUUCCACUCUUGUAAAAAUUGGCAAUAGAUCCUUAUGGAGUAUUUGGACUCAUUUUAUCCCCAACAAGAGAACUUUGUUAUCAAAUAUAGCAAUAGAUCCAUUCAUUCGCUGGCUAAAAUCUAAAUCUAAGGAUAAGUAUAUUAGUAGGUGGAGUUGAUUAUAUGAAAUAAGUAAAAGAACUUCAAGAGAUACCACAUAUUAUUAUAGCCUGUCCUGGUAGAUUAGUACAUUUUCUUGAAAAUGAUUAAUACAAUCUAAAAGAAUUUCUGCAAAAUCUAUAGUUCUUGAUUUUUGAUGAAGCAGAUAGAAUGCUGUUAGAGGACACAAUGAUCCCAGAUAUUAAAUAGAUUCUUGAAGUUCUCCCUGCAGAGAGAUAGACUUUAUUAUUCUCAGCUACAAUGGUCAAGGAUAUUGAUAAAAAGCUAGAUAGGAAACUCAUCCUGGGUGAUGAAAAGAAGGAGCUAAUUGAGAUAGGUAACACAGAAUAAGCAAAUGAAGAUUUUUAGAUGACAGUCAAGAAUCUUGAUCAAAAGCUUGUAUUUAUCCCUGAGAAUGUCAAAGAAGCUUAUCUAAUAUACAUCUUGAAAUAGACUAAGCUUAAGAAGCAGCAAUAAUGCAUUAUUUUCACCUCCACAUGCAAAAACUGUCACUUCCUAGCUAUGCUUUUGCAAGAGCUUGAAUUUGAUGCCACUUUCAUUCACUCUCAGUUAAAUCAAAGAAAGAGAAUUAAUAACAUUGCCAAAUUCAAAUCAAAUUACACAAAAAUUCUGGUGGCUACCGAUGUAGCAUCAAGAGGUCUUGAUAUACCCUAUGUACAAAUGGUGAUUAAUUUUGAUGUCCCCAAAAAUCCCAAAGAUUAUGUACAUAGAGUUGGUAGAACUGCAAGAGCUGGUCGUGGUGGUAAUUCAAUGACUUUAGUCACAUAGUAUGACAUCAACUUGAUCUUAGCUUGCGAGAAAUAUGUAGGUGUUAAGCUAGAAAAAGUUGAAUAUAAUGAAAAGGAAGUUUUAGCUGAUAUUAAUCAUAUUAUGAAGGUAAUGCAAGUUGUCAGGAUUAAAAUGAGUGAGUAGGGGAUAAAUGACAUGUUUGAUGAUUUCAAAGAGAAAAAGCAAUUGAUGAGAGAGCAAUCAGGCUAGAAAUUCGGAAUUUCAUCUUUAAAAUCUAAAGAAAUAUUAGCCUCGAAGAAAAAUAAAAAGAGAGAUACAAAGGUUUAAGAUAAGCAAAUGAUUAAGGCAAGUAAGAAAUGA